UGCACACUCUCUAACACACUCUCUAACACACGCACACACACACACACUGAUACAUACACGAUGACUGAUGCCUUCUCUUGCAUUCUUCGUUUUCUCACCUCUCGCUGCACCACUGAGACUUUUGUGUGUUUGUCCUCCCUUUAUAGCACACAGCUGAACGGGUUCUGCACAGUUCCAGCACAACCUCUUGAGGAAAAGUACGAACACUAUACUUUUCUUCCAACCGUUUAUCUCUUUCGUGCACAAGGCACGUUUUUCUUCAAAGUCCUUAGUGUGGAAUGGUGAAGAAAAGAGAAACGGUGCCUGGUGAAGAGGAGAUGAGGCAGCAACGGAUAACAUUUGACAAUGGGGUGAAAUGGAGAUGCAUGUCAGGAAGGAAAGCUUGAACUCCGGAGUGAAGAAGAGGAGACGGGCAGAAGGAAUCAAGUUGGAAUCGAGAAAGAAGCGCGGGAAAAGCCGUGCGGAGACAAAAGGUGAGCAGCAGCUGUACAGAUGUUGCUGUUAGUCAGGCAGGUAGGUAGAGAGCAGGGAAAUGGAAUCAAUACUAUUGUCUGUAACCUACCUGCCGCUGGGCUCUGUCUGGCCCCGGCAGAGACCAUCAGAGGGAGGGAGAGGAAACACAUGCUCACUCUGACUGGGAAGAGAAGAGAAGAGGCCGGCUGCAAGGUGAUAUUCUUGUCCCUUUUUUUACAUUUUCACCCAUGAGGCAAAUGCAGAUUAAGAAUUUUAAGGGAUGUUUAUCGAUGAUGAAGAGCCGAAAUGCAUUUUUAUCUGAAACUUUUUCAUCACUUAUUCUUUCUUAUAAUUUUCUUUGACCGUAAUAUAACCAGUUAAUGUCACCUUGUCACUGUAUAUGUUUUUAAUUUGAGAAGAGGCUGUCGUCAUAUUUUACGUUUCAUGUUUCAUCCCGAUGCGGAUGAAACAUGAAACGUAAAAUAUGACCAUUUUAAUUCACACAUUUAUUAAGAAACAUAAAAUAUGACCAUUUUAAUUCACACUUUUAUUCAGACCUUGCUAGUAAAACUCUUAGAAAUGUCUGAAAUACCUCUAAUUAUAUUUAUCUUUAAUACAUCUGGCAGGUAAAUUACUAGAAUUAGCAGCUGUCAAGGAAUUUAAAUGUCAUGUCUGGCACUGUUGAGCGAUAAGCUUUUACACCUGCUGCAGUGAUCAAGUAUUUGUUCAACGUGGAAGUCGUCGUUAUUUUUAAUUUUUGAUGCAAUAUAAAAACAAAUUGGAUGCCGUCAAAACGGAUAAAUAUUCCAACGCUAAGACAAGCACACCAGUUUGUAUGAAACUGGGAGAUUGAGUUGUUCCAAUGUUGGACAUGGCGUGUUUGAUUAGGAGAGGUAUGUUUGUAACGAGGAUGGCGAUGCAACAACAACAAAAAGAGGCACAGAGAUACAGUCGGCAGACGCGAUCAUUUCUGUUCUGCUCUGUGAUUUGGCAUAAACCAUUUACAGUGUUUUAUCGAUUCUGACAUGAGAUUUUAUUUAUAUUUUAAACAAAUCUUGAAGUUCUUCCGCAGAAAAAUCCACAAUUAAUUUCUAGGUGAAGUUGUGACUCGUGUGUGGUUUUCACUCGGGUCUGUUCCGGCUCCCAUGUCUGUCACAUGCAACAUGUAACUGAGACGAUCUUAAAAAAUCACAUGUCUGUAUUCCAAAAUCCUUCAGGCCUACAGUAAAAACUGUAGUCACACCUUAUGUCCAUUAAGCAGUUCAAUUUGACGCAGGCUAUGAAGCAGGCGUCGUUAUGUCACAUUUGCAGUGAGGUGUUUUUUAUGUGGUGAAAACGAGUCAUUUUACGUGACAGAAAAUAUGCAGAUUUCCCUUUUCCACAUCAUACAAACGUGUUCAGUCUUCCCCAGUCAGCAUGUGUCAUUCGGUCUGUCUACCGGUGGGUGGCAUCGACUUUCUGACAGUUCAUUUCCUUUUUCAUCACCAAAAUAUACAGAAAGUUUUACAUUGCUAGGUAAAAAAAUAGCUCCAGCUUGAUAUUGUCGUCUGAAGGUUCCUCAUUUUUUCUUUCAUUCACAGGUGAUUUUAUGUCUUGUGGGCCCACGUUGUGUUUCUCUUGUUUCAUCUUAACUGGUAGGUCAGAAGACAAAUCCUAUCUUGCUCUCAAUAUUGGACAUUUUAUGACUAAUAAUUGCGACAUUUGUGCUGUAUACUCCUGCAUAACUUAACUUAAUGAAAAUUGUCCUUACAGAGAUUUGAAGGAUUAAACCUCAGUAAUUCUCAAAAGACAUAAAAGACAACAUAGAAUAAUCUAUAAUUCUGCUAAUGUUUCUUCUUUUUUUAAACGGUGUUGUGUGUACGUUGUAAUUUGUUAGUGUUGUGUGUUUUCUCCUCCACAGUGGGCUAAACUGCAGCAUUGCUGCGAUUAUUAUUAUCUGUUACUUGUUACUUACUCGUUCUGGCUGCAUUGCAAUGCGAAAGACAGGUGUGGAUGAAAUUAAGGCCAAUGUGUGUCAAAUAUUAAUACUAAUUGAGCCGAUUAGUUUUGCCUCUGAUCUGCAGCAAAAGAGGCGACCAGUCGGUGCCGCAGAAUCCAAAUGUCAGAUGAGGUCAUUUCUUUGUCUCGUCGCAGCGACUCUGCGUUUUUUUCAUUAAAUACGUUUCAUCCCCGCAGUUUUUGUACUUUGAAUAAAUAUGUAAAGCCCCUCUAUGUAUUUUUUCAUUUCUCAGUAUGCCCCUCUGUCCCUGAGACCCUUAACCUGUGAGGUCAAAGCAGGUCACAGGUGAGGUCCUUGGGAACAGGGCUGCAUUCAGUUUCAACGUCCUUCAAAAAAGGAGCAUUUUUGUAUGUAGAAUAUUUCAGGAUGUAGUAUUAGUAUUUCCUUUUUCACAAUAACUUUACCUGUCGUGAUGAUGAAGAAGAACACCCUCCUCCUGCAGCACAGACCCUCUCAGGGGGAACAACCCUACUGGCUUGCUUUGUGUUUUAGGGCUAAUAGGAAGACAGCCGAGGGUUGUGACCCCGUCAGUUAUGUCACUCGGGAAUCAGUUAUUUGUACAUCAUGUUUAUGUUUUGUGCUUUGUAGUAUAAACACUGCCCCGUUUUCUACAUCAUGUCAAUAAAGUAUGCCAAAAAAAGGUUGUUGUAAUGUUGGACUUUAUUUUUUUAAAUACAUGAUCCGACACCCAAAAAACUGUUUUCUUUCCAAUUGAUCUUUUUUUUACAGUGAGCCAAAAGGCUGCAUUUUUACAUGAGGCACCAUUUCUUCAACUAAGCGCAAUUCAAAACCUCUUUGAUUAUUUAGUAUUCUUUGAAAAGCUUAAUAUUUUUUUUAUUCAACAUACAAGAAUAUAUAAAUGGUCCGGAUUUUCUUUUUUCAAAACGCCUUGUUGCAACACAGGCUCUAAUUGUAAAAUGCAUUCAAACGUGCCGCAGACGUGUAUUUGGAACGUGUCUGACUCUGUGAGUCCUGCAGCAGACUCUUGCCUAAUAUUGAUUGGCUUGUCUGUGUGGAGACGGAUGAAUGCAUUAGUACCCAGCUCACUCUGCCACUAGAAAUAUAUUAAGUUCAUGUAUUAGGCACCCUGUCUGGUUGCCAUGGAGAUGUGCAGGGAGUGAGGGACCAGGGAGGGAGGCGGGCGGGGGGUGAGAAGGAUGGGAGACCGAGUGGGGGAUACAGGAUGUGAUGAGGCAGUCGACUUGAUUUGUAGUCCUGUUCCCUCUUCCUCCUCCUCCUCCUCCUCCUCAGUCUGUCACUUAUGUCCUCACUUGCCUCUCGAACCCAUCUUGUCUUUGUUCCUCCUUGCUUCAUUCUCAUUUUUUUCUCAUAUUAUUUUGCCACUACUUCUCAAAUCUUAACCCCAUAAGCGAUUAUAUGCGCCGUCGCUCUGAGCGCUCAUUUUUAUACUGAUGAUCCUUUUGUUCCUUUUUCUGGGGGAGGAGGGGGAGGCUUUUGCUCUUAGUUAGACUUUUAUUCUAUGUGCAUGUUUCUUUCUACUUUGUCUCUCUACUACACAAGCAUUUAACUCCCUCUUUAUCUGCCCCUCUCCCAUACACCGCCGCCUCCCACCUUGGCUCGCUCCAUCUCUGUGCUCUGCAGCAAAACUGGUGCAUUGAGGCAGCAGGAAAUCGGGGUAGACAAUAGAAUGGUGGGAAGUAUAGUAGGAGAGUCUGUGAUGCUCUCCUUUCAUGCCCAAGCAUGUUGAGGAAAUGUGAGCUGAGACAUUUAUUAAGAUCUCAUGUACAAUUUCAUUUAUUUCUAUUUCAAAGCAUUAUUUUUUUUUAAACCUGUGAAUAACAUAAAUGCUUGGAAUGUUUACGAGUAUGGUUGCUACGGGCUCUGGAUUCAAAUGAACACAGUUCAUGGAGAAACAUUUGUUUGAGGUUGUUGCUUAUGCUGCAAAAUGUGUGCAUCUCCUUUGCGUCUCGUGUGCGCUUGCUUGCUGUUCAGGACUUCUCUGAGCUGCUUUGAGUGCUUUGUGGAUGGUUCAGACAGUGGUCGCCUGUGUUGGGGUCACAUUGUGACUCAAAAUAAUGUAAGAAAUGUUGACGCCUGCUUCAAGAAGCUGGACCGCAUAUUCAACCACCAAGAGAGAGUAAUUGAGGCUGGAAGAGUGGGCAGAGGUUAUGCAACACAACUGAAAAAACUUCUGAAUGCAGAAAUCCUGCCUUUGGUGGAAGAGUUCGACGAAAAGCUGAACAAAGACACAGUGUACGAGGAAAGGUUGCAGACGGCCGCAGACAAUUUCAUUGCAGCUGCCUCCAAACUGCCUAGAGUUUCUGGAUGCUUCCCUCCUUGUGGUUUUCAGAGUGCAGGCGCCGUGUACAACUGUGUUACCUGCCAGUACGACUCCUGUGAAUUCCCUCUCGACUGUCCAGGUAUGGACAUUAAUGCGACGGAGAACAGCAGGACCCAAAUGUGGUGUGAAGUGCCCUUCCUCUUACCAGAGGAUAUUCAGGUGAUCUGGAGGGUUGCAGAGGUGAAAACUCAGCAGGUGGAUCAGUUUAAAGAAGUGACAGCAGGGGUGGACAGGCUCUAUUCUAUCCCUUCAACAAGCUUGCAGCAUCAGGGCACCUACCAGUGCGAGAUCUUCUCAGGCCAGCGCUCCAUUGUCAGGCUUUACUUCUAUCUCACAGUGACCCCCGAGGUUUCGUCAGGCCACACAGAGCUGCAGGAGAUAUUCGACCUGUCUCUGCUCCCAGGAGGACGGUUACUCCCUGAUCCUGGUGCUUCGGCCUGCUGCGUCCUCCUCUCCUUGCCUCUGCUUCUCACCGCCUGUUUGACGGCCCUGUUCCUCCUGUUGUUCCUCUCCCUGGGAGCGUUGUAUUGGUCAUCAAAACCAAAGCAAACACCUCACGCCGGACAUGCCGCAAGAGAUGAGGAUUUGGAGUUCUGAGAGUUGGGAACAUGCGUGUUGUGCUAUAAAAGUAUUUCUUCAAACCUUUGGUCUUCUAUGGAGCAUUACGUCAUAGUUUACAAAAAGCCUGUGUUUGAGUCCUUCCACCACUAGAGGGCAGGAUACAGUUACCAGGCAUCUGUCGUGUUUUGAUUUUGCCUUCAAAAAAUUCAUAUUAGACUGAAAUGUGCAGAUAACAUAGGCUCUCCUUCAUCCAACUACAACAAAUAUGAUGCAUUGAAAUGCUUUAAGUCAGAGAAAUGUCUAAAUUAGACUAAAACUCUAAAAUGUAUCACUCUGUUGAUAUAUGACAAUUUACCUGUCACCUCUAAAUCUUUGCUGAAUUUUGAAUGCAGUGUUGUCCAAUUGCAAUCAAUAUAAUCCACAAAACUAGUUGAUACAGCCAGCUGAGAACUUCAAGCCUUCGAGUAACCACAAGGAGGUAGAAACACACAUAAUGUAAGAAAGCACAAGAAGAAGAA